AGAGAGACAGGACAGGAGAAAGGAAGGAAGUCCCGCACCAGGAACUGCGGAAGCCGGAGUGCAGUGCCGGCAGGAGCUCAGCACAAGAGUCGGUGUUGACGGGGAGAUACACGGCGCCGGGUCAAGUGGGUGACAGCUGCUGCAGACACACACAGAGGGAGAUUGGAAGAGAGUUUGUGUGUUUGCUCAACAAGUCUGCAUGGAUAGAGUACGUGUGGGGGUGAUCGGUGCAGGCGUGGUGGGCCUGUCCACUGCCCUGUGCGUGGCCGAAACGCUCCCCAACUGCUCCGUCACCGUGAUCGCAGAGAAGUUCUCCCCGCACACCACCAGCGACGUGGCUGCGGGAAUCCUCAGCCCUCACCUCAACACAGUGACGCCGCUGGAAAGUCUGAGGCGCUGGUUUGCGGAGACGUUUGCCCACGUCUACUCCAUUGCACGGUCGACCGAGGCUCCCGAUGCUGGAGUACAGAUCUUGUCUGGAUGGGAGAUCUUCAAGCAGCCGCCUGAGGAAAGGAUCCCGUUUUGGUCGGACAUUGUGCUGGCCUUUCAUGUAAUGAGUGAUUCUGAGUUGAAGCGGUUUCCAGAGACCACCUUUGGAUGGAUGUACACCACCUUGCUGUGUGAAUGCCUCCUGUACCUGCCUUGGCUGGAGAAACGGCUGAAGGAGGCGGGAGUGCAGAUGGAGUCGGGGAAGGUGACGGACCUGUGGGAGCUGGAGGGGAAGUACGAGGUGGUGGUGAACUGCGCUGGUCUGGGCGCGGGGCCACUGGCGGGCGACCCGCUCCUGUACCCGGUGAGGGGGCAGGUCCACAAGGUCCACGCCCCCUGGUUGAAGCACUUUGUCCGCCGCGGAGACGGCAGCGCCUACAUCUACCCGGGCGUGACGGGCGUGACUCUGGGCGGGACCAGGCAGGCGGGCGACUGGAGGCUGGACCCCGACGCGGGGGACGAGCGCUCCAUCCUGGCCAGCUGCGGCGUGUACGAGCCCGGCCUGGCCCGCUGCCGGCGGCUGGGCAACGCUGGCGUGGGGCUGAGACCCACCCGCCGGGCGCUCAGGCUGGACGGGGAGAGGCUGGAGCGGGGGGGCCGCUCUAUGCGGGUGGUCCACAACUACGGCCACGGUGGGGUGGGGGUCUCCCUGCACUGGGGGAUGGCCAGGGAAGCUGCCCGUCUAGUGAAGGAGGCCGUGGCCCAGAUUAGACUCCAACCCACCCAUACAACGUCCAAACUGUGACACCCCCUCCCAACAAUAGACCACAACACUCAGUCCCCACGGCCCACAAGCUUAACCCUGUCCCACAUGGUCGCACUCGGUGGAGGUUUAGUAGAG